AUGCCGCCUCGACCGCCGCCAUGGUCUCAAGGUCGCCAGUACGGCGUCGUCAUCGAUGCAGGAAGCAGUGGAUCUCGCAUACAAGUCUACUCCUGGGUCGACCCCGAGAUUGCCAAGCAUGACCGCAAGGCAAAGGGAAAGAGUGUCGACGUCCUGAGCAAGGUCGAGAAAGGUGUCGAAGAGGGAGAUGGGUGGCAUCUGAAGGUUGAGCCAGGCAUCUCGACAUUCGGCUCGAAUCCUGCAGGCGUACCCGACUACUUGCGACCGCUCAUCGAGUUUGCUGCGUCGGUCAUUCCCGCCGACAAACUCCCUUCGACGCCAAUCUACCUGCUCGCGACCGCCGGCAUGCGCCUCCUCCCUCCAGAACAGCAAUCCGCCGUCCUCUCGUCGACCUGCGACUACCUGCGCACCUUUCCUUUCCACCUUCCAGACUGCGGCGAGCAGAUUCGCAUCAUCUCGGGCGAGGAGGAGGGGCUGUAUGGCUGGGUCGCGGUCAACUACCUCAUGGACGGCUUCGACAAGCACGAGCAUGCGGCAGCCGGCGAGCGACGGAAGCACAGCUCGACGUACGGCUUUCUCGAUAUGGGCGGCGCAUCGACGCAAAUCGCGUUCGAGCCGUCCGAGACGGAGCAGAUCAAGCAUGCCGACAAUCUCGUCGAAGUCAAGCUUCGCCUCCUCAGCGGAAAGGACGUGCGGCAUCCGGUUUUCGUCACGACUUGGCUCGGCUUCGGCACGAAUCAGGCUCGAAACCGCUACGUUGAUCAGACGAUCCAGAAGCACCUCCGCAAUACCGACGAGGCGGACUUGCCAGGCGACGCCGAAGGACUCGGUUCGGAGCGGCCAGUCGUCCUCGUCGACGACCCAUGCUUGCCAAAGAGCCUUAUGCUUUCGGAAGCACGGCAUGCCGGCUACACGACGCGCGGAACAGGCGACUUUGCGCAAUGCUUGAAGCGACAAGCGCCGCUCCUCAACAAGGAGGUCGACUGCCCCGACGAACCUUGUCUCUUCAACGGCGUCCAUGUGCCGCCUAUCGACUUCAGCGUCAACCACUUUAUCGGAAUCAGCGAGUACUGGUACUCGACGCAGGAUGUCUGGGGCGCAGCCCUCAACGGGAAUGGCGUGUACGACUAUGUCGAGUUCGAGAAGCACGCGAUCGAGUACUGUGGGCGCGAGUGGGACGACAUCAUGCGCGACUACAAGGAGGGCGGCGGGUCGUGGAAGACGAACGUCGAGCUGUCGCGGCUAGAGAUGCAGUGCUUCAAGGCGGCGUGGAUCAUCAACGUCCUGCACGAAGGAAUCGGCAUCCCACGCAUCAUCGACCGCGGCGGACAGGGCGACGGCAAGAAUCAGGCGGAGAAGGGCAUCAGCAAGGCGAUUGACAAGAAUCUCCUCGACGAGCCGCCCAGCUUCCAGUCGAUGAACGAGGUCAACGACGUCGCCAUCAGCUGGACGCUCGGCAAGAUGGUCCUCGAGGUCUCGAAGGGUACGACGGAGCUUCCAGCGUCAUCGCCUCGGCCGUCAACUUACGCCAACUCGUACGGCGCCUUCCGUAUGGGCUGGACCGGCCACAUCCCAUCGUGGCGAGGCGACGUCCGCACAACCAUCGCUGCCGUCAAAGACUCGUCGGCCCUACCGUUCUUCGGCAUCUUCGUCCUCCUCCUCGUCUUCUGGCUGCUCGGCCUCAGUCCCGGAGCUUCGCGGAGACGGAAAUCGUUCUGCGGUCCUCUCGGACGCUCCAGCCCGCGACGAAGCGACUUUUCGCUGCUCUCGCAAGACGAGAACGCGAUCAGCAGCGGCGAAUCGAGCGGUAGUCGCACACCCCCGCGAGGCGGACGGCGGAAGAAUGGUAGCACCGUCACUCGUGCCCUUUCGCCUUUCCAGCACGCUGCGAUUCGCCUGUCGUCCUUCAUCCGCUCCUUCACCCGCCAGUCCUCCCUCUCACGCUCGCCCUCCGCCUCCAUCCUCCCCAUGUCCCGUGUCAGCAACCCGUCCGGCGGCGAAAUCUUCCGUCCUCGACCCAUCCGAUCCUCCAAGUCUACCCCUUUCCUCCGCAGCGCAACCGUUGCCGCCAACUACUCCUCUUCUACGGGCCACUGGAACGACAUGCCCGCGAUGAACAACCCUUCCGACCGCAUCCGCCCCGCUUCAGCGGUGCAACAGCAAGACCCGAACGCCGGCGCGCCCUUCCAGCGCUCGACUUCCGGCUCAGCUCUCGCCUCGUACGGUCCGCGCACGAGCUCUCCCCCUCCCAUGGCUGUCGUCAUUCCGCCUUCACCCAACUCUCGGCCUACGACUCCAGCUUCGGCCCGACCCGUCCUCACGAAGCUCACCCCGCGCUCGUCAGCAAGUCGAGACGGCUCGACCGACGAGUUCCGCCAUGUCGCGUCCUCAAGCGGUAUCGCCACGCCUUCGCCCCUCUCAGCCGGCCCUCACUCCGCUGCGGCGCUCUCGAACGCCGUGUGGGACUCGCUCGCGACGGGCGGCUUCUCGCGCGAAAGGGACUCGACGAGCCCUACCCCGGGUGUUGGUGCGGCUCAGGCUCUCGCAGGCGCCAAGCUCCGGACGAGCAAGAGCGCCAACAGCAGCCAGGUCAACCUCGCCGGUCCAGGAGGAUACUUUGCGCAUGCAGGCGGCUCGAAUGCGGCGAGCGGGAAUGGUACAGGCUCGGCGCGGAGACAGGGCGGACCGACCUUCUCGCUCACGGUGCAGCCUCCCUCGGCGAAUGCAUCGUCGACGAGUCUGGGCGGGCAGAGCGCGGUCAGUACGCCCGGUGCUGGCGAGUAG